AACAGUAGCAAACAUGAACAAAACAAACAUGGCGGGAGGGAGUGAACAUAGUGGAAGAGAGCAAAAUGAAUGCUUAACCCGGCUUCUCUUUAAAUCCUAGCUCAUCAUGAGUAACUGGAGGAUCGUACGUUUCGUUCGGAACUUGACACUGGCCGCUAGUCGCCUCGUUGGCGUAACUGUGGUUCGGUUUUUCUUUUCAUGUUGUACUGUCUUUGUCAUCGUUUGGAUCGCUGUGUUGAUGUACGUGAGUUUUUACUAUGCUUAUAUGCCAACAGUGAGCCACAUAAGACCAGUGUUCCUACUCUUCAAGUAAGUUUAUUUCCCUUUCUUUUCAUUUAUUAUUCUUGAAUGGCCUCGUUUAAUAGCGAUCGUUUGUACAAUCCUGUCCAGAAUUUUUCUUUUUUAUAUUAUUUUAAUUUUAGUUUUUGUUCCUGUGUAGUUCGGAUUGCGAAAAUACUCGGGGAAAAGAACUGUGUUCCUAUCCGCAAGCUAAUCUGUCUUUGAGCACCGGAGAAAGAGUGAGUAUUUUUUUCUGUUAGCUUCAUAAGUUUCAACCCAAAAAAUUGAAAAUUGCAAUUCGUUCAUGUUCAACAUCACCCCAGGGCGCAAACUCCAUUUUACUACUUGUCCAGAGGUCAUGCAAUGUUCAAUAACAUGCCAAGACAUGUACCAAAUGUAGUUUAUCGGUGGUUCAAGGAUCAAUAUAUUUUAAAAUAACUUGUUACAUGUCCCUCUGAACAUUUAGUACACUCAAAACAUGCUGGUGGGUGACAGAAAAGUAUUAAUUUCAGAGUGCUGUACUAUCUGUUUUAUUUUACCAGAUUAGUGGUCUUAAAUUUCACUGCAUUUGACAUUAGACUGUGGUUGAAUGUGGUUGAUUCUUGAUGUCUGGAUAUGUGUGUUAUUGAAAGGGAAGAUUAAUCCCUCAGAACUCACAAAAACAAUGUAAAUGUAGAAUCUAUUUGACAGCUUUCUUGUCAGCCAUUUUAGUGUUGUGUGACACAAGGCUUAAAAACUCAAGAUGGCACAGGAUACCCAAGAUCGUAAACUGCAUUUUCCUAAAUUUAUGUCAAAUGCAAUUAUGUCCUCACCAUCUACACGGUUGCCUCCUGCUAAUGUUAUGAUCUGAAAAUUUAAAAAAAAGUUUUAUUUUAUUAUUUCAAGAUACUGAUGAGGGGACAGCGAUACCAAGUCUUUCUUGAUCUUGAAAUGCCGCAUUCUCCUGUUAAUGAGAGGCUAGGUUAGUACCUUGUAGACAUAUUUUAUUAUCUUUUGAAACUGAUCAUCUGUACAGUAAAGUUUCACAAAAUGGCUGUGCUAUGGUUAAAAUGCAAUAUAAAAUUACUACUACUGAUAGCUAGCUUAUUAAUGGGGGUGUGAUGCUGUGGAAUAGCCUCCCAAUUGAGGGGCAGCAAGGAGAUACCCUAUUUUUCAUCCUAUAGUCGAAUGUACCUGUUGUGUAAUUUACUUUAGUGAGAGGCAUAACUCUCAUGGAAAGCAUAUUUACACAAGUAGAGCAUUCAAUCCUUUUCCAUUCAUUUUUUAAAAUAUAUUAACUUAUUUUGCAUGGCUCAAACGCCAAACUUUUCAUGAGCCAAACCUAAUACAUUGAAUUGAGAACAUGAAAAUUAGGAAUGCCUGUUUCAAUUUGGGACAGCUCAGCCAUUCUUACUGCCUAGCCUGGCCGGGAGUCUGGGAUGGAUGCUGAACUUUUCAUGAACCAAAGCUAACGUAUAAGGUAAAUUAUGAUAACAUAUUUUGUAAGUAGUUUGACCAAAAUGAGCAUUUUUUUUCCUUUUGAGUUUAGUUCAGUUGGAAUUAAGAUUGGCAUCUAAAUCACCGUCGGUCUGAAUAAAUUUGGGUAGGCCUUAAUUGGCAAUCAGUUCUUGUUCAGCAUCUGAACCGGGCCUUAAUACUAUUAAUACUAGUUUUCCCAUGAGAUACUGUGGGCAAAUAGAGGUUAUUAUUAUUACUGUUAUUAUUAUAGCAAUUUGAUAUUCUUUGCAAUGUCUAACAUGAAUCUAGUAACAGUGCGAGGGGAACUACUGUACCAGCCGGAUCCAUUUAAAUAGCACAACUGUAAAAUGCAUUCAUAAAUACACUAUAACAGGAUGUUUGCUCAAUUUGUUUCUGCACAUCAUGUCUGUGGCUAUGACACAUGUAUAAUUGCAAUCCUAAUGUUGCACAUGUAGUCUGUCAUGUAUGGCCAAAAGGGAACACAACAUUAUUAAACUGCAAUAGGUAUUUAGAACACCACCCCUCCCUGUCUUUUCUUAUUUCAUAGUACUUAUAAGUACUCAAAAUUUAGAGGCCUAUCAAAAAAGGAAGAACGGACUUCUUAGAAUUGGUUGUCAUUUAGAACUGAUUAUAAACAAAAUUAGCCUGCAGCACAUAAAGUUGGGGAAGGGCAGAGAAAGCUACUGUUGGGGACAGGUAUUUGUUUGAAUAAGUAGAUGAGUAGACUGAUGUGAUUUGUGAGCACUGAUAAAAUUUUGAUGUUUUAUUUUAUAGGAAUGUUCAUGGUAAAAGUUACCUUUUUAUCUGACUCCGGAAAGAUUUUGGCAAGUUCAGAAAGAUCAGUAAGUCUGAGGUUCCUUUGGUAUUUCCCAAGAGAUCUUGGUAUUUAAGGAAGACUUAAUCUUGUUGUUGUUAUUGUUGUUGUUGUUUUUUCCUUUUUUUUCCUCAUUGUUCGGUAUGCUUUUGAUUUUUUGCCUCCCUUUAGGGUAUGCUACACUACCAAUCAGCUCUGCGACAGUCUCUUGGAACCAUUUUCUACUCAUUACCAAUGGUGCUGGGUUUAUCAGAGGAAAAGCAGACUGUGCAGAUAAACUUGUUUGAGGAAUAUGUUGAGGAUUCUGUUAGUACAAUAUAAAUAUAUCUAUAUUUUUAUUUUUUGAACGUGCAUAGGCUCAUAAAAUUAUUUAGAUGUUGCUCUUGCGGGGUUUGGGCUGCCAGAAAGUCUUUGGAGAGGCCUUCCAAGCACGUCCAAAUGUCACUGUCAGUUUGGCAUAAAUUUUGUGUUGCUCAAAUUGGAAUUUACUGCAGAUAUAGCAUCUGGAAUUAGUUAAUUAAUUAAUUUUUUAUUAUUAACCUUCUUCCUCAGGGGACUGUUCUUGAACAAUACCAUAGAAAACUUUCCAAAAAAAAAAAACAGAAACUGUUUGGAAAUAAUGGAAGAGAGUUAUUUUGCUGCCGAAACAGCCAAAAUGCAAAAGUGGACAGAAGUCGAUUUCACUAACUACUUGAAAAAUGGAUUGUCCUGUCGAUUGUUGGUGCUUUCUGAAAGGAUUGCCACUAGUUUUUAGGGCCAUGUUGCCUUUCGCCUCUACCCCUUGGAGCCUAGCUCUGAAACAAUCCACCUUCAUGCAACGAAAAAAAAAAGAAAAAGCACUUGCCCACUAAUCUUCCCUGCUAUGCAGGCUAUAUAAUAGUUCUUGUGUACUUGUGCACUUUCUCUUUAUUUGUUUUGUAGUAUCACCCUGCUGUUGGAGCUAAUGUCAUUGUCUUCACCAAACAAAUCGAAAUCUACUCUGCUGCUUUGAGAAUUGAAGCUCAUUUCGCAGGACUGAGGUUCGUUUACUUGUUAAUUCAUAUGACUGUAAAUUGUAAAUGUCAUUUUCUUCAUUCUCCUCAGGGUUGUUUAUGGAUAAUUCACAUCAAUGGCAUGGUAUUUUUCUUCUUGUUUGAAACUUUCAUGACUAAAAAUCUUAAUUUUGAAAAAUUCGUAGACAAUAGCAUACAACAGCCAUGCUUGUUUUCUUUCAUUCAGGUACAUCAUGAAGAACUGGCCAGUUACUUCAGCUUUGGUGGCGAUCUUAAUCAACUUCUUGAUCAUCAGUUCUGUGUUCUUCUUCGCGUACAGUGCAUUCUCGCCAGAACCUUCCUUCGAGGAUGAAGAUCAUGUGCAGUCCGCUGACCUAGACACGGUCACUGAAGAACAACAGCGAGUUCUCACGGUUCGACGCAGGGGGCAAGGUAGUCCUAGAACCGAAACUCUUAACACCAAUACGAGGCAGCCCAGCUCUGGUAGGUUGUCACCCAGUAGACUGGGUACAUCACGUGAUCAGGUGCUAAGCCAGUCGAAUGGAAGAAUGACUCGGUGUGCCUCCUUUCCGUCCUGCAGGUGGGACAUUUCUCUUCAAGGUGCUACAUCAUCGGCUGCAUAUCACUCAUCCCGUCCAUUGCAUAAACACGGUCCGCAUUACCAUAGUAACGAUGAUCUGGGUGGGUGCCGGGGUUGUUCGUGUCCCGAUGGCGUUGUUGGCGGCGGUGGUGAGCUUGGUAGGGAGCCCCUGGGUCUCCAGGAUCUUCCCGCGUCCCCAGACUCAAGAAUAGAGAGGGAUCCAUAUUACAUCUUGAACUUCCGCGGAGGCAGAGCAUGGAAAAGUAGAAGACGACCCUACGCUGACGGGCGUGAUGAAACCGUAGAUGAUGUGUUCCCCGCGGCGAGAGCAGCUGGAGAACGUGGCAAGCCUAUGGCGAGGCCUGGCGCACUCAGAUCAAGGUUCUCUUGGAGGAACGUGCCAGAAAAUGGCGAAUUAUCCAGUAGCUCUACUGAGUGUGUUCACACGAGAGCAGCAAAUCGGCGACGCAGGAGAGUAAAAAGGUUUUCACUGGAAAAAAGCUCUGAUUCCGAGGAAGAGCACAGAUGUGACCACAGCCAUGACUGCUUUGAUCAUGAUGAGCUUACUGUCAACGGGCCCCUAAAGAGCCGGGUCCCAGAUGGUGCCACUUCUUCUUCUGAGUGCCUACACCAGCGUGCUCCUUUAGGAAGUACCUUGAGCACUGUGGAUAGUGGUCCUAUCUCCGCUGAACGGAGCCUAAGUCGGACACUCAGUGACAGCGAUCACAAUGAAGCUGGAAACAAACGAUCGGUCAACAGGACAAGGGCAAGGUUCGGACUAUCAUUAAAAAGAAUCCUCUCUAAAAAGGAGGACAAGUCCUCGUAAAAAGAUUGCUAGCAUGGACUGAUUCUUUUACAGUGCAUCUCAAAUAUAAGAGCCACUAAAUUAUGAGACUUCUGCUAACCAGAGGAAUAGUCUAAAAGCACACAAGGUCAAAUAUUGUUGGGAUUGUAAUUUAAAAAUACAUUGAAAAUUAAUUUAUUGGGAUAUCGGAAGAGUUAUUUGUUGGUCUCAGGCAAGACGUUUAGAGGGGCGUGGUUCUUCGGUAAUUAUCUUCUUUCGUUACUUCAAGCAACAAAGAGCUGUCGUAGGACUGCAAAACUACUCGCAUACCUCUCGCCUAACCAAAACUUAACACUAGCCUCUCGCUUAGGGAAACACUUAGGGGAGGGGUAGGUGGUGAUCUGUUCAUAGACUUUCCUAGUGUACGAGACGUAAAACCUAUGCUAGGAUGGCCUUUCCUAGCCUCCCACGCGGACGUUCUUAGGGUUUCUUCACACGCACCACGAGAUAAAAUAACUUCUGUGUGUGAGGCUAGCCUUUUCCAGGCGAUCAGUUAGGGGGUACGCGCUAUAAUGACCUACAGGGGAAGGCUUCGCCCGAAAGGGGUAUCUUUUUUCAGGUUUCAGGUGUAUGGAAGGGUGGUUAUUUCACUUGUUAAAGUAUAUGAAAGGGUAGGGAAAUCUGUCGUUUCAGUCAGUAUAAAGGAGUCUCAAAACGACUAACAGAUGCAUUUUAUGGCUUUGAUGAAGUGAAGAAAACGUUCUGGUUUUGUGAGUUAUUUAUAUUUUAAGACUAGGCAAUUACAGCAGUUAAAAGGGAUGCAAAGUUUUAAACUAGGUAUGUGAAAGAGGUACCAUUUGUCAAUAGAAGGUAUACGAAAGGGGUGCCUUUCUGUCAAAAAUGGUAUGUAAAAGGCCAAGGGGUUGGACCUCGGGACGGAGCCUCCCCGUAUAAAACCUUUUUUAGU